CCGCACUCGCGGGCGAGCUUCGACAGAACGGAGCUAGUGGAAGACCGCGGUGCCGCUGGGGGCGGAGGGGCCAGGGUUCGCAGCAGCCCACGUGACCCCAUUUCCCACCCGGUUCCAGCCCCCAGGUCCGGAGGCGGGGGCCCGGCGACCGACUCCCGGGCCGGACUUCGCGGUGGGGCCGCCGCCCGCGAGUCCUAUAGAGCCACCUGAGCCGGAGCCCGGAGGACGCAGUCGCUCCUCGCUGUCCGAGUCCCGCGCGCCGCGAUGGGCCGGGGGAGCCGGCCGCCGCCGCCUCUGCUGCUGCUGAUGCUACUGCUACUGCUACCGCCGUCUCCGAUUCGGGCGCUCGCCCCUCGGAUCAGCCUGCCUCUGGGCUCUGAAAAGCGGUCACUGCUCAGAUUUGAAGUGGAUCACAUCUCCAACUAUACAGCCCUCCUGCUGAGCAGGGACGGCAGGACUCUAUACGUGGGUGCUCGAGAGGCCCUCUUUGCGCUCAACAGCAGCGUCAGCUUCCUGCCAGGCGGGGGGUACCAGGAGCUGCUGUGGAGCGCAGAUGCAGAGAGGAAACAGCAGUGCAGCUUCAAGGGCAAGGACCCACAGCGGGACUGUCAAAACUACAUCAAGAUCCUCCUGCCACUCAACAGCAGCCACCUGUUCACCUGUGGCACCGCGGCCUUCAGCCCCGUGUGCACCUACGUUAACAUGGAGAACUUUACUCUGGCACAGGACGUGGUGGGGAACAUCAUCCUGGAAGAUGGCAAGGGCCGUUGUCCCUUUGAUCCCAAUUUCAAGUCCACGGCCCUGGUGGUGGAUGGCGAGCUGUACACUGGAACAGUCAGCAGCUUCCAGGGGAAUGACCCAGCCAUCUCACGGAGCCAAAGCCUCCGCCCCACCAAGACUGAGAGCUCCCUCAACUGGCUACAAGACCCAGCGUUUGUGGCCUCAGCCUACAUUCCCGAGAGCCUGGGCAGCCUGCAAGGGGACGAUGACAAGAUCUACUUCUUCUUCAGCGAGACUGGUCAGGAGUUUGAGUUCUUUGAGAACACCAUCGUGUCCCGCAUUGCCCGUGUCUGCAAGGGUGAUGAGGGGGGCGAGCGGGUCCUGCAGCAGCGCUGGACGUCCUUCCUGAAGGCCCAGCUGCUGUGCUUGCGGCCUGACGAUGGCUUCCCGUUCAACGUACUGCAAGACGUCUUCACGCUGAGCCCCAGCCCCCAGGAAUGGCGUGACACCCUCUUCUACGGGGUCUUCACAUCCCAGUGGCACAGGGGGACCACAGAAGGCUCUGCCAUCUGUGUCUUCACCAUGCGGGACGUGCAGAGGGCCUUCAACGGCCUCUACAAGGAGGUGAACCGCGAGACGCAGCAGUGGUACACCGUGACCCACCCGGUGCCUUCGCCCCGGCCCGGCGCGUGCAUCACCAACAGCGCCCGGGAAAGGAAGAUCAGCUCGUCCCUGCAGCUCCCCGACCGUGUGCUGAACUUCCUCAAGGACCACUUCCUGAUGGAUGGGCAGGUCCGCAGCCGCCUGUUACUCCUGCAGCCCCAGGCCCGCUACCAGCGUGUGGCUGUCCACCGCGUCCCUGGCCUGCAGCGCACCUACGACGUCCUCUUCCUAGGCACUAGUGACGGCUGGCUGCACAAGGCGGUGAGCGUGGGCCCCGGGGUGCAUAUCAUCGAGGAGCUCCAGAUCUUCUCAUCAGGACAGCCCGUGCAGAACCUGCUCCUGGAUGCCGACAGGGGACUGCUGUAUGGUGCCUCACACUCGGGUGUGGUCCAGGUGCCCGUGGCCAACUGCAGCCUGUACCAGAGCUGCGGGGACUGCCUCCUGGCCCGGGACCCCUACUGCGCUUGGAGCGGCUCCAGCUGCAAGCACGUCAGCCUUUACCGGCCUGCGAUGGCCUCCAGGCCAUGGAUCCAGGACAUCGAGGGAGCCAAUGCCAGGGAACUCUGCAACACUUCCUCGUCCAAGGCCCGGACUUUUGUACCAAGAGGUGAGAAGCAUUGUGAGCCAGUCCAGUUCCAGCCCCACACAGUGAACACCUUGGCCUGCCCCCUCCUCUCGAACUUGGCAACCCGACUCUGGCUGCACAACGGGGUCCCCAUUAAUGCCUCGGCCUCCUGCCGCGUGCUGUCCACCGGGGACCUGCUGCUGGUGGGCAGGCAGCAGGAGCUGGGGGAGUUCCAGUGCUGGUCGCUGGAGGAGGGCUUCCGGCAGCUGGAGGCCAGCUACUGCCCAAAGGUGGUGGAGGACGCAGUGGCAGACCGAGCAGACCAGAGUGGCAGCGUGCCCGUCAUCAUCAACACGUCUCGGGUGAGCGCGCCGGCCGGCGGCAGGGCCACCUGGGGUGCAGACAAGUCCUACUGGACCGAGUUCCUAGUGAUGUGCGCGCUGUUCGUGUUUGCCAUGGUGCUCUUCAUUUUAUUCUUCCUCUACCGGCACCGGGGCGGCAUGAAAGUCUUCCUGAAGCAGGGGGAGUGUGCCAGCGUACACCCCAAGACGCGCCCAGUGGUACUGCCACCUGAGACCCGGCCGCUCAAUGGCGUGGGCCCCCCUAAUACCCCACUCGACCACCGAGGCUACCAGGCUCUGUCGGACAGCUCCCCAGGGCCCCGGGUCUUCACAGAGUCAGAGAAGAGGCCGCUCAGUAUCCAGGACAGCUUCGUGGAGGUGUCCCCGGUGUGUCCCCGGCCCCGGGUCCGCCUGGGCUCUGAAAUCCGGGACUCUGUGGUAUGAGAGCAAACUUCUAGAGGCCGCCUCCCUCUAGGGGCCAGGAGUGCUCAGAGAGGGUCGGCUGGACCCCUGCUCCUUGUGGAACACAGCCGCGGUGCCCAGCCCUCGGGAGCGAUGGAGCCAGCUUGCCUGGUGUCAAGCGACAAGGCCCCUCCACCCCAGAUGGCCACAGCCCCACAGGGCCUGGCUGAAGAUCGGGGCCUGCCCGGGUGGGCAGAACAGUGCUCCUUAUGAAACUGAGCCCUUUGUUUCAAAACAGUUGAAAAUGUGAAACAAGAGAAAACAGAGAACACAG